AUGUAUUCUCCCUUUUUGUUAAUAGAAACUGUUUAUUUGUUUGGCGGCUGGGAUGGAACUCAGGAUCUGGCUGACUUCUGGGCUUACAGUGUGAAGGAAAACCAAUGGACCUGUAUAUCCAGGGAUACCGAGAAAGAGAGUGGUCCUAGCGCCAGAUCUUGUCACAAGAUGUGCAUUGACAUUCAACGAAGGCAGAUCUACACGCUGGGACGCUAUCUGGAUUCCUCCGUGAGGAACAGCAAAUCUCUGAAAAGCGACUUCUAUCGCUAUGACAUUGACACGAACACAUGGAUGUUACUGAGCGAAGACACUGCAGCAGACGGAGGUCCAAAGCUGGUGUUUGAUCAUCAGAUGUGUAUGGAUUCUGAAAAACACAUGAUCUAUACCUUUGGAGGCAGAAUUCUGACCUGCAACGGCAGCGUUGAUGACAGCAGAGCCAGUGAGCCGCAGUUCAGUGGAUUGUUUGCUUUUGACUGCCAGUGUCAGACAUGGAAACUUUUGAGAGAGGAUUCCUGUAAUGCUGGACCUGAGGAUAUCCAAUCCCGAAUAGGACACUGUAUGUUGUUCCAUUCUAAAAAUCGCUGCUUAUAUGUAUUUGGUGGCCAGAGAUCAAAGACUUACUUGAAUGACUUCUUCAGUUAUGAUGUAGACAGCGAUCACGUGGAUAUCAUCUCAGACGGCACUAAGAAAGAUUCAGGGAUGGUUCCAAUGACAGGUUUCACUCAAAGGGCUACCAUUGAUCCAGAACUGAAUGAAAUCCAUGUCUUGUCAGGGCUCAGUAAAGACAAGGAGAAGCGGGAAGAGAAUGUAAGGAAUUCCUUCUGGAUUUAUGACAUUGUGAGGAACAGCUGGUCUUGUGUCUAUAAGAAUGACCAAGCAGCAAAAGAGAAUCCAGGUAAAAGCCUUCAGGAAGAGGAACCCUGCCCAAGGUUUGCCCAUCAACUGGUGUACGAUGAGUUACACAAGGUCCAUUACUUAUUUGGAGGGAAUCCUGGUAAGUCCUGCUCUCCAAAGAUGAGAUUAGAUGAUUUCUGGUCUCUCAAGCUCUGUCGACCUUCAAAGGAAUACCUGCUAAGACACUGCAAAUACCUCAUAAGAAAGCACAGGUUUGAAGAAAAAGCUCAGACUGACCCUCUUAGUGCACUGAAGUACCUGCAGAAUGAUUUGUAUGUAACUGUGGAUCACUCGGACCCCGAGGAGACAAAAGAGUUUCAGCUUCUUGCCUCAGCAUUAUUUAAGUCUGGCUCGGAUUUCACCACUCUUGGAUUUUCGGAUGUUGACCACACGUACGCGCAGAGAACUCAGCUGUUUGAUACACUAGUUAACUUCUUUCCGGACAACAUGACCCCUCCAAAAGGCAACCUGGUAGACCUCAUCACGCUGUAACGGAGCAAUCACUGGACAUGUGGAAGAGGGGGAAGAGCAUCCAUUUUCAGUAUUUUAAUUUUUUUACUGCAUUGAUUGACUGCUGGGAUGAAGUAAUAUAGUAACCCCUACAUGUUUGAAAGGGGUUUUAUACUUGUAUGGUGAAUCCCUGAAGCUUUUCCCUUGGAGUAGGUUAAUAAAAUGUAACUGACGUACUUCCGACUAAAUAUAUAUAUAUUUUUUCUGACUUUGGAUUUUGAGUUAGCAAAUGUAAGAUGAAAAGGUGGGGGGAAAGAAAAAAAAACAUAAAACCCAAUCAUGC